AUGUACAUCACCCUCUACUACAUAGUCACCCGGCUCCCUGACUCUCUUCGUCCAGUCAGGGACCACUUCCUCUCUGUUCGCCCCACCACACUCACCGUUGACCUCCUCGAGGAGCGCCUCCUGGCAGCUGAGAAGAUCGACUUCGUUGGCACCGAGUCGGUCGGCGCUGCGUCUGCCCCUAGCGGGAGACGCCGCACCGGCAAGGGCAAGGGGGGCAAGGGCGCUGGAGGGGCUGGCGGAGGUGGUGGAGGUGGCGGUGGAGGCGGCGGAGGGAGUGGGGGCGCCGGUGGGAGUGGUAGCGGGGGUGGGGGCUUCGGUGGCGGCGGUGGAGGCGGAGGCGGCGGCGGUGGUGGCGGUGGGAGCGGAGGAGGUGGCGGUGGCAGCGGUGGUGGAGGUGGCGGUGGCGGAGGUGGAGCUGGUCGGGGUGGCUCUGCGCAGCGGGGCGGCUUCGGUGGUGGUUAG